AUGGAUCUUGAUUGGUGUCUGUCUCUUACUUAUGUCAAUUCUUCAGAUUCAGAAAUAUGUCUGAACGAAGAUUUAUUUGUCGAUUCAGAUAUACAUUUUUACCACUUGAAAAGAUUUGGUCCAGAAUCACAACAGUUAUCUCCUGAAGACGAUUCAUCAGCAUACAAAAUUUGGGACUUGCCGUGCUUUGACUUCGACCAGCAGUGGGAGAACUUGAUCUUCGAUGACAAUAUAAAGAAUGACUUAUUAUCGUAUGUUGGAGCAUUAUUACAUAUUUCGGAUUUGAGAGCAAAUCCGUCAAUCUUAAGAAUCAAUCGAUUUGUGUUGUUGUUUGGUUCUCCUGGAACUGGAAAAACUUCUUUAUGCAAAGGUCUUGCUCAAAAAUUAGCUAUUGCAUUGAACCUCCGAUAUAAAAGAUCAGUUUUUGUUGAAAUAAAUAGCCACAGCCUUUUCUCAAAAUGGUUUUCUGAGAGCGGUAAGUUGGUUUUAAAAAUGUUCGGUCAAAUAGAAGAAUUAGCAGAAGAUGGGAAUUCUUUCAUCGUUGUUUUAAUCGACGAGGUUGAAAGCCUUGGUAUGACGCGAAAAGGGUCUAUGAACAGAAACGAGCCUAUGGAUUCGAUACGAGUUGUAAAUGCUCUUUUGACCCAGCUAGAUCGGAUCAGGCGUUUCUCCAACGUGCUCGUGCUUGGGACGUCAAAUCUUGAUGAGGUGCUCGCAAGAAUAACAAUAUUACUUUUGCUGCGCAGUAUUCCUGAAAAUAAUAUCGUUCUUAACAUUUGUCGAUGGAUUGGCCGUCCUUCAGCAUCCGCAGUGUAUCGUAUUCUCUACUCCUGCAUUGAAGAAAUGCAAAGGAUUGGAAUAGUGGAGCGUUUUUAUUCCGAAAGUUCAGAAGCAUCAUUUGCUGAUGGUUUGUCGGAACUCUCCAAGAAAAAUGCAGGUGUAAGCGCUAGAAGUUUGAGACAGAUUCCCAUAAUUGCAUACUCUAAGGCUACAGAGAAAUCGUGUAGCGAACGCUUCUUGCAGGGAAAAACUUAUCGGCUUCAAAUGUUUCAGUGUUUCAACUUCCCUAAGAUUUAUUUAUAUGCCGGAAGACCCGGUCUGAUUGUUUCUACUUAUAACGUUAUGUUAAUAAGUGGUUCGGAAGAGGCGGAAUAA